AUUAGUUGCACAUCAUGAAUUCCAUGAAGCCGUUGCCUGCAGACACAGUCCGUCUGAUCACAAGCUCACAAGUUAUUACAUCUAUAUUUAGCAUUGUUAAAGAGCUGGUUGAAAACUCGUUAGAUGCCAAUGCAACAAACAUUGAAAUUAAACUUGAAAACUAUGGUUUUGACAAGAUUGAGAUCCGUGAUGAUGGUAGCGGCAUACCUCUUGACAACAUUCCAUACAUGGGACAGCAGCACUUCACUUCCAAGAUCUCUCAACUAUCCGAUCUUCAACAACUGGUAACCUAUGGUUUCCGUGGUGAGGCGUUAGCAUCCCUAUGUGCAGUUGCUUCAGUUUCCAUAGCAACCAAGACACAGGCUGACCCAAUUAGUAUGGUUUAUUCACUAGAUCACCAAGGCAAAGUGUCAUCUUCGAAACCAUGUCAUCUUGGCAUAGGUACCACAGUAACAGCUGUUAAUCUCUUCAAAAACACACCAGUUCGUAAACAGUUUUUCAGCAGUGUAAAACGAAGAAAAGAUGAGCUAAAGAAGGUAGAGGACUUGUUGAUGCAGUUUGCUGUCAUCAGGCCCAACAUUCGCUUUCUGCUGCGUAACGAUAAAACCGUCAUUUUACAAAAAAACAAACUGGCCGAUCACAAAGCAGCUUUAGCAAGUGUUUGGGGAAGGAAUGUUAUUGCUGCAAUGGAGAAGAUAUCAAUUGUUAUUGGUGAUGCUAAGGCUGAAUGUUUUCUUCCAAAACCGGAAGCUGAUCUGCAGUUAAUCAGCCGAUCUUCUAAUGACCGGUGCUGGGUGUCUGUUAAUGGCCGUCCUGUAUUUUACAAAGAAAUUGAGAAGAUUAUCAAGCACUGUGUACGUGGUUGUUACCCAACGCAAAGUAGCGGGCGCUAUCCGUUUGCCUUUGUUAGCAUCAAUCUUCCUCCAGAUUCUAUAGAUGUUAAUCUGGAACCAAACAAAACAAAGGUGCUCAUACAACAGAAGGAAAGUAUAUUGGAAGCAAUUGAAGAAAAACUACAGGAACUAUAUAAGACUGGAUCCAAAGAGGACCAUCAGUUAGCUAAUCCGGAUGUCUGCACAAGUAAAGGAAAUGGUGACAAUGUAGCAAAUAGCAAUAAAGGGAGAAAUGGAAUGAGGUCCCAUGAAUCAAUAAGGCAGAAUAUUCCACAAAAUCAAUCACUAGUUGAGUCAAUGGAUUACCAGUGUUCAGUGUUGGGUAGUAUGAGGCCACAUGGAUCUGUAUUGGAGAAUAAUGCACAGGACCAUUCCAUAGAUGAUUCCACAACUUAUAGUACCAUGUUGGGCUGUAGUAAUGGUGUGAUUCCACAAGGAUCUGUCACAGAGAAUCUUUCACAAGAACCUUCCAAAGGAUAUAGUGCCGUGUCAAGUAGUUGUAAUAGUAUUAUUCCACAAGGAUCUGUAACAGAAAAUCCUCCCCAAGAACAUUCUAUAGAUGCUUCCACAGCUUCCAAUACUGUGUUGGGCAGUAGUAAUAGUGUGAUGCCACAAGGAUCUGUAAAGCAGAAACUUCCACAAGAGCUUACCUUUGAUGCUACUACAGCUCCUUGUAGUGCAGGCUUGGGUGGUAACCAACUGAUACCACAAAGAUCUGUAAACCAGUUUAUACUGCAAGACUACUCACCUGAUACCUCAACAGUGUCUUGUAGUGAGAAAUUGAGCUCACAGGGAACAGAUGAAAAUGCUCUGCUUGAUGCACACUGUACCGACACAAACGUGUUACGCAAAGAUUUAAACAAUGAUUAUCAUAACUCAUUGGAUAUUACAACUGAGCCUUUGACUCAUCCUGAUAGCAAGAGUGCUGUUCCAACUAACGGGAAUCCUGGUACUGGCAGUUCUGAUCUCAUUGACAAUAGAAAGUUCGAUUUACUUGCUGGCAACGAUGAAUUAACAGAUUCUGCAUUGAUGGAUUUUCUUGAAGAAAAGUGUGAACCUACAGAAGUUAGUCUGAAUGAUUCAACGAUUGAAGGAUUAAUUCAGUCAGCCAAUCAGAUAGAAGCAUCAGAGUGGAGUAAAGGGAAGGGCCUGGUUGAUAAGUUAGGAAGGCCUGUUGAGCCUGGGAGAUUGCUGUUACCGACACCAAACACCUCCAAUCAAAAUCCAGAUGAUAGUUCUCUGAAAGACGAUAAAGAUUUAUUAAAAGUGGAAAGAAAACUACUAACGCCAUGCCGUGAGAAGAAGCCAAUUCAAGAGAGGAUGGGCCAGGCAACAUUUUACAACUUGGUUGGAAAAACUCCGAUUAAACGACCACAAACCGCUUAUAUAUUCUUUUGUAAAGAAAUGCGUCCUAAAAUUAUUAAGGAUAACCCAACAGCAGAUUUUCAAACAAUUGCUAAACUAACCGGAGAGAAAUGGAGGGAAUUAAGUGAAGAGGAUAAAAGCAAGUAUGAAGAUCUAAGGAAAGAAGAUGUUCAGAGAUACAAGGAACAAGUGAAAGAAGCCAAAGAAAACCUUGUUCAGGAACCUGUACGGAAGAAAAAAUGUAUCAAACAGGUACCCCCUCAACAAAUGUUGGUAGAUAAACUGUUCUCAUCACCAGUAAGAGCAUCCGUACCUACCACACCAGCUAUUAAGAGUGUUGAUGUGACUUUUUCAUUUGCUGGACUCAAGGCAGAACUACAGAACAAAAAAUGGAUGUCACAAGAAAGGUGCCAUUUGAUUGGUCAGUUGCCAAAUGGUUUCUGGAUUUGCAAAGAUGAUGACCAAUUGCAGCUUCUGAACCAUCAUAGACUGGAAGAAAUGCUGUUGUAUCAUCGGUUGCUUGCUAAACAUAGACUCCAGAUACAGCCGCUUCAACCACCUGUCACACUGUCACCUAGUAUGGUAGGAGGGCAUGAAAACUGGCAGACGCUGAUGACAAUGAAAAGUCAUGUAUCCGCAGUAGAUGCCACGCGUAUAUUCAUUGAUGAGCGAUUGGUGGCAAACGGAUUUGAAAUUAAACAAACUGAAGAUAAUGAGAGUGGUCAUGUAAGGUUACAGGUCACUGGCAUGGCAACAAACAUCCCAUGUUAUGGUUUGGCUGACCUUGCUGAGUUGCUGAAUCUCAUUGGCUGUUCUUCCAACAGUUGUAUUAGUCUACAAGAGUCCAGACCUGUCAAGUUGAUCCAUUAUUUGCAGGGAGAAGCAGUCCGAUUGGCUAGGGACCUUCCGCAUCGAUCUUCACAGGAUGACAUCUUGGAUAUGGUGGAUAGGCAGAGGGCACUGUUGCCUAUGAACUCGCAUAGCUGUAUUCAUAAUAAGCCUUUCUAUCACACACUGCAUACGAUUAAUGACGUGAGAAGUUAGUGUCUGAAGUAAUAUUCUCAUUAUGUUCAUGUGACAAUGAUGGUAAAACAUACAUCAUCCUCCUAUGUUAUGUGAAAACCUUAACAUCCUGACCACCGCCCUGUGAUUGGCUUUGAUGCAGCAAAUAACAUAAGCAUCCUGAGGGCAUAUACUGUAAUGAAUGAUGUAAACAUCCUGAAUCUCUCUACACUGUGAUUGGUUUGGAUAGCAUGUAUAGUAUAACAUCAAUUGCAUCUAGAAACAGCCUGUAAACAUGUACUACACUAUAGUACAUCAAAUGUAAAUAUCCUGACCUAUUUAACCUGCGAUUGGCUGUAACACACUGCCUUCUAAUUACUUAGAUGCAUCCUAUUCAGAAUAUAUGAAUCAUCAUCAUGAUAAUGUAAGUGAGUAGUUGAAUUUAUCUCAUUUUUUAUAAAUUUUCAUUUUUUUCUACUGUGUUAUAUAUUAUAUUGUAUAUAUUUUGAACAAUUUUCAAAGCCAAGAUAUUUUAUAUACUUCAUACAGUUUUUUCUCAAAACCGAAUAUAAUAAAUGUUGUGAAUAGAAA